AUGCCAUAUUUCAGAGAUUGUAUUGGGGCAAUUGAUGGAACUCAUGUUGAUGCAAGAAUUCCUGUAGAAGAUCAAAUUCCUUUCAUAGGACGGCAUCAUAAAACUACUCAAAAUGUAAUGGCUACUUGUGAUUUCGACAUGUGCUUUACAUUUGUUUCAGCAGGAUGGGAAGGUUCAGCACAUGAUGCUCGCAUUUUUAAACAUGCUGUGACAAAUCCUAAAUUUAAUUUUCCAAAACCGCCAACAAAUAAAUAUUACUUAGUUGAUGCAGCUUAUCCUAUGAAAAAAGGAUAUCUGAAGCCUUACCCAGAUACACGAUAUCAUUUAGCAGAUUUUGCUCGAGGAAGUCAACCAAUAAGGGGUUACAGGGAAGUAUUCAAUAAGAGACAUAACUCACGGGUCGAUCCUGAUUUUGAUGAGUAUGAGAAGGAUGAAAACUUUGAUAUUUCUGACUGUAGUGUAGACAGAGUGCCAGAAUCAGGUGAAGAAAAUGUUUGUGUUGAAGAACAGACUGAUGGUGAAGGUGUUACUGAGAUGAAAGAAGUUAGAGAUAAUAUCGCGAAACAGUUGUACAACUUUAGUAGGUGUGUAGAUGAGAUAUGA